CAGAACAGCCCUCCUCGCUAAUCUUGUAGAUUUUAGUUAGUUUCGUGAGUAAAUUCAUCACAAAAAGGUUAAUUGUUAACGUAAAUACAAGUACAAACAAUGGAAUCCAGUGACAUACUUGAUUCUGCGGUCAGGGUAAAAGAGGAGUCUCGCGACGAAUCAUUCAUUGAAAAUGAUUACGAGACAGGUGACGAGAAACCCGAUCUGAAAAACUUUCAACUCUUACCAUUUCCACCAGAAAAUUCAAUCCAAACGCUUCGGAAAAGUGACAUAAAAUUUGAAAAUAAACUCGAGGACAACGUGGAAAUAGUCGUUGAAUGUGAAGACGUCAAGCCCAACUUUGAUUUAUUGACAGUAAAGAAAAUGAACGAUAAUUCUCAAAAUCACGUGCGAAAUGUGAAGGAUAGUGAUGAUUGUAAAACUCAAAACGCAAUUAAAAUAGAAAACGUGAGUGAAAUAACACAGGAAUUUGUUGGUGACACUGUUCAAGAAUCGAAUUUGAAUGUCGACUGUGGACUUUUCGAACGAAAUAUGAACAGAAAAAUUUCGAAAAAGAUUAACAGCAAACAUAGACUCGAAUCAAACAUCCUUACAGUUCAUAACGAUUCAACUUAUUCAUGUAAAAUGUGUGGAAAGAAAUUCUCAAAAAAGGGUAAUUUAAAAAUUCACUUCGAUGGAAUACAUAAUGGUGUCAAACAUGAGUGCGAUAUUUGCAGAAAGUUAUUUACUCAGAAAAGUGGUCUCAAAAGACAUAUCGAUACGGCGCACAAUGGUAUCAAAUAUACGUGCAACACAUGUGGAAAGGCAUUCGCUGAAAAACCAAAUCUCCGAAUCCACAUCGAUGCGGUACACAGUGGUAUCAGACAUACGUGCGAUGUAUGUGGAAAGACAUUUACCCAAAAAGGUUAUCUCAAAACCCACAUCGAUGCGGUGCACAAUAGGAUUACCCACUCAUGUGAUAUUUGCGGAAAUUCAUUUACUUGGAAAGUUAGUCUCAAAAACCAUAUCAAUGAAGUGCAUAAUGGUAACAAAUAUGAGUGUGAUAUUUGCAGAAAGUCAUUUACCCAGAAAAAUAAUCUCCAAAUGCACUUUCAAUCAGUGCAUAAUGGUAUCAAACAUAAGUGUAAUAUUUGCGAAAAAUCAUUUCUACAUAAGAGUAGUCUUAAAAUCCACAUCGAUUCGGUGCAUAGUGGUAUCAGACAUACGUGCAAUGUAUGUGGAAAGACAUUUACCCAAAAAUGUCAUCUCAACACCCACAUGUGUUUGUGCGAUGCACAACGACGUGUCACCCAUACAUGUAAUAUAUGCGGCAAUUAGACAUUCACACAUAAGAGCAAUCUCAGCGGUCACAUUGAUUCGGUGCACAGUGGUGCCUGAUAUGCAUGUGAGAUUUGUGGUAAGAACUUCUCAAGCAGGGUUAUCUCAAAGUUCACACUAAUUCAAAUCUUAAUGGUGUCGCAUACGCAUAAAGAAAUAUUCAGCGAAGAGUAAUCCCAAAAACACAUAGGUGGUAAAAUUCCACAUGCACGCGAGAAAAAAUUGAACAGAAAGGACUAUUUCAAAUUUCACACUGAUACACCCAUUGAUUUCAUCAUAAGAUCCUCUAAUAUUAUUUCAUUAUAUGUAAAAAAAAUGUUCAAGUUUUGAAAAAGUCAAUAAAUUUGACGAGGAAAAUGUAGC